CUUCUCUCCAGAUUCUCAGUCGGGCUCUCUGACUCUGAUCCCGCGCCCUGCUCCGGCGGUGAGCAUGGCGUACGCCCGACAGGAGCACCUCCCCCCGCGGCCCCCUCCCCUCUUCCUACUCUCGAUUCUACCCCUGCUCGUGCUCUUCACCUUCUCCUCCGCCGCCGCGCCCCCGGCCGCUCUGCACAACAACAACUGGGCCGUGCUCGUAUGCACCUCUCGCUUCUGGUUUAAUUAUAGACAUAUGGCCAACACUCUGUCUUUGUACAGGACUGUUAAGAGAUUAGGUAUACCUGAUGAGCGGAUAAUACUUAUGUUGGCGGAUGAUAUGGCUUGUAAUCCUAGGAACAAUUACCCUGCCCAAGUCUUCAACAAUGAGAACCACCAGCUUAAUCUAUACGGUGACAAUGUUGAGGUUGAUUACCGAGGUUACGAGGUUACAGUUGAAAACUUUUUGAGAGUUUUGACUGGAAGACAUGAGAGCUCUGUACCAAGAUCAAAGCGUCUUUUAAGCGAUGAAGGAAGCCAUAUUCUUUUGUACAUGACUGGACAUGGUGGGGAUGAAUUCUUGAAGUUCCAAGAUAAUGAAGAACUUCAAAGCCAUGAUCUAGCAGAUGCAGUAAAGCAAAUGAAGGAGAAGCAUAGAUUUAAAGAGUUGUUGAUAAUGGUAGAUACCUGCCAAGCUGCUACUCUGUUUUCACAGCUUCAAUCACCGGGUGUUUUGGCGAUUGGUAGCAGCAAGAAGGGGGAAAACUCUUACUCUCACCAUCUCGACUCAGACAUUGGUGUUUCUGUUGUGGAUAGGUUUACCUUUCAUACACUUGCCUUCUUUGAGAAGCUGAACAUGUAUAGCAAUGCCUCAUUGAACAGUCUUUUCAACUCAUACGAUCCUUCCAUGCUACUGUCGACUGCAUAUUAUCGAAUUGAUCUUUACGAGCGCGCCUUAAACGAGGUCCCUGUUACAAAUUUCUUUGGGUCAGUCAUGAAGACUAUCCACACUGAUUCAGCCUAUACAGGCUUCUUAGCUGCACGCGAGGUAGAAACCCCUCUGUCUAUGAGAAAUAAUAUACUUGACGGUGCCAUGUUACAGAAUGAGGCUAACGCAAGAAGAUCGAACAUAGAAAAUAUGAAAGAAGCACAAUUGAGGUCCGAUGGAUGGACAGAGGUCCUGCUAGAAGGCAAAAAUUCUGACACCGUUGUGAUGUAUGGUCUGGGAACUAUGGGCGUGUUAUUGGCAAUUUCUACCGGGUUAUCAAUUAAGGCACUCUGAAGUGUGCUGUUAACAAGUUGUCAUCUUGCAGAAAAACUUGAAUUGUACUAACUCCCGCUGAAUUGGACCAAAAAAGAAGAAAAAUAAGAAAUGAGAUAUUUGGAAGUCAACAAUCUGUAUUUCUCUUUUACUUUCUUAGUAUGCCUCUUUCAUCCAGGGAACAUUGCACACCUGCAUGUGCUCAAUGGCAUCUGUGCCGUUAGUUGGCAUAAUGUAGAGAAAUUACUGUCCUUCGUGAAUAUGUUUGAUAGACUUCUUAAUCCUUAUUAGGAAAGGUAUAAUUUUUUUCAUUUGUCCUGCCAAAGUUCCAAUAUGUAUGUUACUCAUUUUGUUGAUCAUGUAAAUGCUAGGACCAUGUAUCUCUUGUUUUUAAUGGGUAUUACAUGUUGAUUACUA